AUGACUGAUCUAUGUGCUGAAAGUGUGGAUGACCUCGACGAUAUCGGUUUUCCAGAAACAGAUCUAACUUUAGUUGUUGAAGAUAAGAAAAUUCAUGUCAACAAAGCUGUAAUUUCCCAGCAUUCACCGGUUUUUACUGCCAUGUUUUCUGGUAACUUCAAAGAAAGCACAUCAAGGGAGAUAACUUUGGAUAACAAAAAGGCUAAAGAUAUUGUUGAGUUUCUCAGAUGCUUUUAUCCAAACAUGAAGCACCCAAUUACAGAACGCAAUGUAUUACAGAUAUUACCAUUGGCACAUGAGUACCAGUCUCCCGUUGUCGCUGAUUGUGAGGAAUUUAUGAUUAGCAUGUGUAAACCAAAAACAAGUCUGACAGUGACGUCACUUUUGGAUUACAUCAUAGCAGCCGAAAAAUAUGAUCUGCGGAAAUUUCUAGAUUCGGCAGUGAAAUUUUGUGCCUACAUUGAUUUUGAUCUUCUGAACGGAAAGACAUUUUCCAGGAGAAAGACUUUGUUUGGUGCCCCGACCAGUGCAAAUUUUACAUUAGGUCAACAAAAUAACACAGUCAAUUCAGCAGACCUUUUUUAUGACGCACAGGAGAUGGAAGAAAUCUCUUCAAAGUUUAUGGAAUUAGAUCUAAAAACCCAGCAUGCAAUAGCAGAAAAAAGACUUCAAGUUCUAGAGAUGAAUAAUAGAAUGAAACGCGAUAAUAUAAAUCUUGUUCAAGCAGAUCACAACAUAAAUUUAUCAUAACUUACGCAAAACCAU